AUGGCACUUUCUUCCGGCAACCGGUCAAAACCUCGUUGGGGAAGCGAAAGUCAACGUGGAGGAGAUAGAAGUCGCGCUUUUCGAGGUCGCGGAAGGGGUAGAGGCAGCGAUGGUCAUGCAGCAAGAGCAGGGAGGAAGAAUGCUUUCUAUUCAACACGGGUCGAAGAACAGAUUGGAGACGUUCCUGAAAAUGACGUGGAGAGCUUUGAAGAUGGGUCAGAAGAGCUUGAGAUGGUUUCCAAAUCUUCGAGUGACAGCGACAAUGAAGAUGUUCCGAAGGACGUCGUCAAACCAUACAGCGCACUUCUACAAUCCCUGAGCACGGAUAGCGAGCCACCGCGAAAAAGACGCAAGGUCGAGAAGGUUGAAGUCUCUCUGGAGACUGAAGUACCAGAGAACGCACUAGAUCGAGUUGAUGAGCCCGAAGAUGCCGAGGACCUUGGUGUUGAUGGCGCUGAGGAAUCAAAUGAUCUCGAAGACGACUAUGAUCCUUUCCUAAAGCACUUUGCACAAAAUGAGGAUACAGAACUGUCCCAGGAAAUCCAGGAUGUCAAAAAUGAUACUUGGGCAACCAGGAUGUCUGACUCGACGCUUGAAGGAGGCUAUUUUUUGAAAGUUCCCCAGGUCUCAAGUUCAGCCCUUGCCCACGGCUCGAGCAUUGUCUCAGAUACAGACGAUCUUCAGCUGAAGCAAAAGCUACAGGGGCCGGCGAAGAAAUUAUUGCCAUCUCUUGAUAGAGUGACUGGGAGACUUGCGUCGUCUAUCUUCAACUAUAGAGAUGUGCUCUUUCCCCAAAGGACUUUGAAGAAUGCGGAGACGUUGCGAAAGCUGACAUGUCUGCAUGUAUUGAAUCACGUCUUCAAGACACGUGAUAAAGUAAUCAAAGAUAAUGCGCGUCUUGCGAAGGAAGAUAGGGAAGACAUAGAGUUCCGAGACCAAGGCUUCACCCGUCCCAAGGUGCUUGUGAUCUUACCCACGAGGAAUUCAUGUGUCAAGUAUAUUGAUACCAUAAUAUCAUUAUGUGAACCCGAACAGCAGGAGAACAGGAAAAGGUUCCAGGACUCCUAUGCUUCAGGGGACGAUCAUUUCUCUGAAGACAAGCCAGAAGACUUUCGGGAACUCUUCGCUGGCAACGACGACGACAUGUUUAGGCUGGGUCUGAAAUUCACUCGUAAGACGAUCAAAUUCUUCGCACAAUUCUACAACUCGGAUGUCAUCUUUGCCAGUCCACUAGGGCUGCGUAUGGCAAUUGGAGCAGAUGAUCCAAAAAAACAGGACCAUGACUUUCUCAGCUCCGUUGAAAUCGUGGUGGCUGAUCAGGCGGACGCGAUGCUAAUGCAAAAUUGGGAGCAUGUGGAGUACAUCUUUGAGCAUCUUAACCUUCAACCAAAGGAGGCCCACGGCUGUGACUUCAGCCGUGUGAGAGGUUGGUAUCUCGAUGGCCACGCCAAGUACCUCCGACAAACCAUCUUGUCCUCCAGCUUCAAUUUCCCGUCACUCAAUAGGCUCUUCAGUCAUCACAUGCUCAACGUUGCUGGGAAGAUGAAAUAUUUGAAGGAGGAGGACGGCGCCAUGAUUGACUUGGUUGUUUCUACGAGGCAGACCUUCUCGCGAUUGGAUGUCACGAGCCCUGUCACUGAACCAGAUGACCGAUUCAAAUACUUUAGCACUGCCAUCUUACCCUCCUUAAUAAAACACUCGAAGCAUGGUGCCGGAGCAGGCGAAGGAGUGCUGAUAUACCUUCCGUCUUAUGCCGACUUUGUACGGGUCCGCAACUAUCUGGCCAGCUCGUCAGAUACACAGGAUAUCUCAUUCGGCUCAAUCUCUGAGUAUACUACUGUCCGCGACGUUGCCCGAGCUCGUAGCCACUUCUUCUCCGGUAGGCACUCGGUACUGCUCUAUACUGAGCGAGCUCAUCAUUUCAGACGCUACCAUCUCAAAGGCGUCAAAAGAGUCAUCAUGUAUGGGCUGCCAGAGAAUCCAAUCUUCUACAAGGAAAUAGCUGGAUUAUAUUUGCAUUCUAGCAUUUCAUCGGCUAAGCUAAAUGCUCGAGAAACAAGUGUAAGGACUUUAUUCUCAAAACUAGAUAUACUCAAGCUGGAGCGAAUCGUUGGCACUGGAAGACUCUUACCAAUGCUCAGGGAAAAGGGAGGCGAUACCUUUGACUUUGUUUGA